GGGGCAAAAACCCCUCAAUAAUCCUUUUGGUACUCGUUUCGCUUUACAAUCCGCCACCGGAAACUGGAAUUUGCCGUCGGAAUCUGUUGGAUCUGAACCCCUGCUAACGAACGUUGUGCAAGCUCUAGCCUGACUUCUCCAUCAUUGGAAUUUAUGCAAACUUUUAUCAAACUUAAUCAGGAGAAACCGUCCAUUGUUCCGUUGAUCCAGACAUGAGCUAUCGAAGGGACAAUCGUGCAUCUAGAACCGCUUUAUUUGAUAACCUUGAUGGCAUUGAGGAGGGGGGUCUCAGGGCUUCUUCCUCAUAUUCCGGUAAUAUAGAUGAGCAUGAAAAUGAAAAAUCUUUAAAUAGCUUGCAAGACAGAGUCGUCUUUCUAAAGAGACUGACUGGCGAUAUACAUGAGGAGGUGCAGAGUCAUAACCGUAUGCUGGACCGAAUGGGAAAUGGGAUGGAUUCGGCAAGGGGGAUCAUGUCAGGAACUAUGGAUAGGUUCAAGAUGGUGUUUGAAAAGAAAUCAAGUCGAAAAACAUGUAAACUUGUGACAUACUUUGUUCUCUCUUUCUUCAUCAUAUACUACUUGUUCAGGUUCCUCAUGUACUAUUUGUAUGGUUAGAAGUAGAGAUUCAUAAUUGAGAGAGAGGUGUAUUGCUUUUGCAACAAAAGCUAGUGAUGAAGGUAUAUUUAUAUAUAUACAUACUUUGGAAAAUCCCAAGGCGAAUGUGAGAUUCAUUUCUGGUUGUAAUACAAGAAUAAGCAAAAAAGGACUUUUCUCUUGUCUUAUUAUCA